GGUGGGUCCACUGUUUGUGAAGUUAACAGGAUGUCAGAUUUCCUGUUAUUGUGGGGUUAUUCUUCGUCUUAAGGUUUCUGAACGAGCCAAAUGUAGAAAUACGGCUGGAGUUUAAAUUUUCCUUAUUUUUGAAAGUUCGCAGAUACUGAAACUGGGUCACUGAAGAAGCGGACGGAGAGACAAAGACACACGGUAGAAACAAUGACGGCUAAGAAGAUGCUUUGUGAAAUAUUGAAUGAUUUGAGUCCAGAGGAGCUUGACAAAUUCAAAUCACUCAUUGAAUUGGAGAAAGACAUCCCACCCAUCUCAAGGAGUCGGCUGAAAGCGGCAAACACACAGGACACAGUGGAGCUGAUGAUGGAGACGUACAGUGAAGAGUGUGUGGAGUUGACCAAAAAGAUUCUAAAGAAGAUGAACAGGACCGAUCUGGUGAAGAGAUUAUCAGACACUGGCUCAGGAAGCAAAGAGAAACAGUGGCCUUCACUGAUCCAGAGAGUAGAAACAAUGACGGCUAAGAAGAUGCUUUGUGAAAUAUUGAAUGAUUUGAGUCCAGAGGAGCUUGACAAAUUCAAAUCACUCAUUGAAUUGGAGAAAGACAUCCCACCCAUCUCAAGGAGUCGGCUGAAAGCGGCAAACACACAGGACACAGUGGAGCUGAUGUUGGAGACGUACAGUGAAGAGUGUGUGGAGUUGACCAAAAAGAUUCUAAAGAAGAUGAACAGGACCGAUCUGGUGAAGAGAUUAUCAGACACUGGCUCAGGAAGCAAAGAGAAACAGUGGCCUUCACUGAUCCAGAGAGUGGAAACAAUAGCAUCUGUCAUAAAGCAGCUUUUGGAAACACUGGCUGGUAUGGGUGACAAGGAGCUUGAGAAGUUCAAAAAGGUCCUGAGUCAAGUUCACCAACAUGAACACUUCUCAAAUAUCCAACGGAGGCUGCGAAAUACAACAGACGUGCAGGACAUUGUGUUUUUAAUGGUGCAGAUUGAUGGCCAACAGUCUGUGGAGACGACUAAGGAGGUUUUAAAGAAGAUGAAGAGGACUGAUCUGGUGCAGAAGUUAUCAGACAGCAGCUCAGGACCCAAAAAAAAACACUCAGUGGAUGAACACCUGUCUGCACUGAUACACAAAGUGGCAACAGUGAGGGCUGUCAAAGAGCUGCUUUUGGAAACACUAGGUGAUUUGAGUUACGAGGAGACAGAGAAAUUUCAGUGGUUGCUGCAGUUCACGUUCUUCCAGAGGAGCAUUGAACUCCUCUCAUGGGGUGAACUGAGCCCUGCACACAUCCCAGGGAUCCAAGAGGAGAAGACUUCCAUGAUACACGAUGUGACUGAUGUGAUGUUGGAGAGAUGUGGUCAACAGUCUGUGGAGGUGGCCAUGGAGGUUUUGAUGGACAUGAACAGGACUGAUCUGGUGCAGAGGCUGUCAGAGACCAGCUCAGGACACAAAGCUGCAGGAUCAUCAGCUGAAGCUUUUGGUGUGAGUACCAUGGAAGGAGAGAAACACUGUGUGGAUGAACAUUGUCCUGUACCGAUCCAGAGGGUGGAGACGAUGAUGUCUGUCAUAGAGCUGCUUUUGGAAACACUGGCUGGUUUGAGUGACGGGGAGCUCGAGAAGUUCAAAAAGGUCCUCCUGAGUCAGACUGACUUCAGCGGAGGCCUCUCAGACAUGUCACUGAUGCUGCCAGAAAUAAAAGACAGGCAGGUCACAGUGUUUUUAAUGGUGCUGACUGACGGCCAACAGUCUGUGGAGAUGACCAAGGAGGUUUUAGAGAAGAUGGAGAGGACUGAUCUGGUGCAGAGGUUGUCAGACAGCAGUUCAGGACCCAAAAAGCAACACUCAGAUGAACACCGACCUGCACUGAUCCAGAAAGUAGCAACAAUGGCAGCUGUUAAACACCUGCUUUUGGAAACUCUGAAUGAUUUGAGUGACAAGGAGUUCAAGAAAUUUAAGUGGUCCCUGGAGUGGAUUGUCUCCCAGAAGAACCUCCCAGACUUCUCACCAGAGUUGAGUGACACCACAGACAGAGAAGAAAUAGUGGAUGUGAUGUUGCGGACCUACAGCCAACAGUCUGUGCAGUUAACCAGGGAGGUUGUAAAGAAAAUGAACAGGACUGAUCUGAUGCAGAGGUUGUCAAAGCCCAGCUCAGAACUCAAAGAGAAACACUCAGUGGAUGAACAUCAACCUGCAGUGUUGGAGAGAGCAGCUGUGAAACAGAUUCUUUUGGAAACACUGAAGGAUUUGAGUUAUGAGGAACUUGAGAAAUUCAAGUGGUUGCUGCGGUUCACACAGUUCCAGAAGGGUCUUCCACACAUCUCAUUGAGCCGACUACAUCGGGCAGGCAGUGCAGACCCACUGGUGAAUCUGAUGGUCCAGACUUGUGGCCAGCAGUCUGUGGAGGUGACCAAGGAGGUUUUCAUGGACAUGAACAGGACUGAUCUGGUCAACAAGUUGUCAGUCAUCAGCUCAAGAAUCAAAGAGAAACAUCCAUCUGAACUGCUCCAGAAAGAAGUCACCAUGACACUACUAAUGGAGAAGCUUUUGGAAACACUGGAAGAUUUAAGACCGUGGGAACUCGAGGAAUUCAAGCGUGUCCUAAAGCGCAUUAGAAUGAAGAAAGGCCUCCCUCAAAUCUCAACAAAGAGAAUGUGGAAGGCAAGCGGAGUUGGCAUGUUGAAGCUGAUGGUGGAGAUCGACGGCCAACAGUCUGUGGAGGUGACAAGGGAGGUUUUAAUGGAGAUGAACAGGACUGAUCUGGCAGAGAUGCUGUCAGAAACCAGCUCAGGACACAAAGAGAAACGUCUAUCUGAACUGCUCCAGAAAGAAGUCACCAUGACACCACUAAUGGAGAAGCUUUUAGAAACACUUGAAGAUUUAAGUCCCGGGGAGCUCGAGAAAUUCAAGCAUAUCUUGCAGUACACUAAAAUGGAGAAAGAGCUCCCAAAAAUCCCACGACACCAAAUGGAGACGGCAGACAGAGAUGAAAUAGUGGAGCUGAUGGUGAAGCUCUACGGCCAACAGUCUGUGGAGGUGACUUGCAAAGUUUUGAUGGAGAUGAACAGGACUGAUCUGGCAGAGAUGCUGUCAGGAACCAGCUCAGGACUCAAAGGGCCUUCAAGAAGCCUGGAGCUUGAGGGUUGUGGAAGCAUUAUGCAGGACUCCAGUGACUGGACUAAAGUUGAACCUGAAGUGAUCAGUACAGAUGCAAACAAGGCUUCAACUUACAGCCUACAGUCUGAAGCAGGAAACUUUGAAUGCAGUGUCUCUGGCUUGCGCUGGGUCUGUAAGGAAAAGGUCAGCUUUAAGUACCAGUUUUGCUCUUUGAGUGGACACUUUGGGAGGAUUGAAAGGAUGAAGUACAUGCCUGCAGGUCCCCUGAUGGACAUCACAGUCAUUGCUGGGAAGUUAGAUGUAGUGUACCUGCCACACUGGAUCUGCAUAGAUGACAAUCCAACAAUAUUAGACAAGUUUGCAGUCCUACACAUAGAUGACUGUGGAGAUGUCGUGGAAAAAGUGUCUGAGGUCACAUCGUCCCAUGUCAAGCUGUCUGACCCAGAUUUCUCUCUAUUAAUGGUCCUGUUGGACUGGUUGGGCCUUCCAGUGGAAAUAUACUGUAUGGUGUUAAUAUAUAGCAAGAUUCUCACAGCAUCAUCUCAAACAUCCCUCACACUCCAUGUUUACCUGAUCCCAUCUGAUCUUGGUCUACAAGAGGAAUUGGAUUCAAGAGAAAAAUCCUAUGGAUUCAAGGGAAUCCGAAAGCCAAAACCAGAAAAGUCCCUGAAAAUGCAAAAUUGGUUCACCUUAACGACAGAUCAGGAUGGUGCAGAGAUUUAUCCUGAAGGCGAGAAACCCCAGAAAAGCACAUUAAUGCUCAGAUACAACAGCACAGAUCCAAACUUCUAUGAAGUGGUCGUUCAAAAUCCAGACAAAGACUUUAAGCUCAUGCUCACACCGGAAAAUGGGCAUCAACCAGUUUGGACCUGUAAAAUUCUAAAAGGUGAAUGGCAAAGCACUGGCCAUGUACAAGAGAAACACUCAGUGGACAAACACCAGGAAGCAGCAAUCACAGUGGCAGGAUAGAAGCUUCUGAAUAUGCUGAAAGAGUUGAAAAGUGAAGAGUUCAAAGAAUUCAAGUGGCGCCUCCCACGCAUCACAGAGAGCCAACGGGAGAACACUGACAGGGUAGACCUGGUGAAAUUCAUGCUGCAGACCUACAGCCAAGAGUCUGUGGAGGUGGCCAAAGAGGUUUUAAAGAAAAUUCCCAGGAAUGAUCUGGUGCAGCUGUUGUCAGACACCAGCUCAGGUUCAGAAGCGAAACACUGAUCCAGACCAUGAGCACAGCAUGUCCGCCUGACUCUGCACAACACAGCUUUCAUUCAAACAUGCUGGAUGAAACUCAUUGUCACCUUGAACUGAUCAAUUAUGAUACAAACCAAAAUUUGUAUCAUGUAAACCUGUCACAGAACUGAGGCUGUAUGAUUCUCUUGAACAACAAUGUGUUCUUCAUAAUGUAACGAUGCAGUGAUCUCAUUGAGGAACUCACAAGGAAAUGUGAGUUUUUAUGCCGCUGGGGCUGAGACGUAUUGUUUUUGGGUUAGCUGUCUGUCCAUUUGUCUGACUGUCUGUCUGUCUGUCCCACUCACAUGAACACAAUACCUCAAGAAGGCCUCCUGGGAAUUUCUUCAAAUUUGGCACAAAUGUUCACUUCGCAUGAACAGAUUUGAAUUUGGUGGUCUAAGGUCAAGAUCAGUUCACACGACUUUGACCAUAACUCAAGAAGUUAGUAUAUGACACACUAUAUUUAAAUUUUUCAGCAUUAAUUUUUAAUAACAUACUAUAUUAUGACUCUGUAUUGUUAUUUAUAUCAUGUCACCUGACGUUGGCCUUAAUGUGUAACCUUCCUCUCAUAAAUUUAUGACUUCAUUGGUGUAAACUGUGAGAGCAACUUGAGUGCUUUGCAGAGGCAUACAGUACAACAGUGAGGAUGCACAGAAGUCUACAAUGAUUGUAAAUAAUUUUAAGGAUGAAGUUGGGGAUUUCCUCAUAGCAACAGAAUAGCCAAAAGAAAUAUUUGAACCAGUUUACAGAAUUAAAGGAGUAAGGGGGUAUAAAGAGAAUCAUCUUUUGCUCUGAUGAUGUUUAGGAAAUGCAAAAACAUAACAGUAUUUUAUGGUCCACAGAAUAUCUGAUCUGGUGUAGACAUUUGAACCAGAGGCUGUUAUAACACUUUAUUAAUGCAGGAUGUAAAAAUUUCUGAAGUGUGGAGGAUUGUGUUUUUUUUUCUUUCUUUAUCCUGUUUUGUUUCGUUUUAUUUUAUUUUCAAAUCCCAUUCAUAUGUGUUUUUAUAUUUGAGUAUAUAUUUUCUUAAAAUCUUUUCAUGUCUUAAAUUGAGCACACGUUAUUUUUUGUUGUUGUUACAGGUGGAGAGUCAUUAAAAAAAUGUUCUGAUAACUGUUUAAACCAUUUUUCAUGCAAAAACAUUAAAUGGUUCCAGCUACUUAAA